AUGGAGCAGGCCAAAAUUGACGUGGAGCUGGAGACGGUCAAGGUUGACGAGGAGCUGCAACUGGGCAAGGUUGACGAGAAGCUGCAGCUGGGCAAAGUGGACGACGUUGUGGAGCAGGUCAAAAUUGACGAGGAGCUGCUGCAGCUCGCUAAGGUUGACGACGAUGACUUGGAAGAGGACAACGCUGGCGAGGACGAAGAGGGCGAAGCCGCCGACCAGACGUGCCCCAUCAAGGACGGCGGCGAGACCGAGGAGGACGAGCUGGCCCGGCUGGAGAAGAAACGCGUGCGGGAACUGGCCGGCGCGAAAGCAGUCACCACGACCCCGUCGUGGAGUUUGUGCAGUCACGAGCGGACCGACGAGUACUUACUACAGGAGAGCGUCCUCGACCAGACGACGUAUAUGGACGCCUCGGACACGUCGAACACGUCGGAUGCAAGCACAUCGAAGAUCGAGGAGGAAAUCGCGCCGGCAAGCCCGCGAAGAGCCGAAGUUUCGCAAGUUUGCGCCCCGGUCGCCUCGACACAUGAUAGCCAUGUCGUGCAAGAUACAAUCGAAGGACUUAGGUCACGCCUAGAGAUCACCCAGCAUCUGCUGGCGCGCGAGCAAGAAGUCCGGAAGCGCACCGAGGAGUGGCUGGCCGAGGAGAAGCGACUUCGCGAGAAGUUUGAGAUGGAAAACCAACGGAUGCUGCGAUCGCUUACCCGACGAGUCAUCGAAUGCAAGGAGCUGUCGAUGGUGUUGAAGCGGAAAUCGCAAGAGGAUCCCUGCCCGUGCUCGCUGAAACAGCCGUCCCCGUGUCUCGCCUCCAGCUCGUCGUCGUCGAUGAACGACACGAACGGCUCCUCGUCCUCGCCCAGCUCGUCGAUGGACCAGUCGCGCGGCUCCGCCAGCAUGGUCGACGCCGGCACGCAAAUGGCUGAGAACGAUGUGCCACCCAAAUCUUCAGCUGCCACCCCCAAAAAGUCUUCGAUCAGGAAGCAGCCACCAAGGAAAGCGUGCCCGCCUCCGGUCUAUCGUCGCAUCACACGAUACCGAGCCCGUCUCGACGAGCACACGGAAAGCCAGGACGAGUCGUUUCAGGAGAGUGGACCCUCGACGCCGCUG